AUGAGUAAAAUCAAUAAAAACGUGAUUUUGGCUCUUUUAACUCUGACAAGUUCAGUGUUUCUACUAUUUCAGUUAUACUACUACAAGCACUAUUUAUCUCCAAAGAAUGGAGCUGGUUUAUCAGGAGUUAGAGGAACAAAAGUUGGACUCAAUAAUGCACAAUGGCGUGCAGUUAAGAAAUUUCUUAAGCUAGCAUCAAACCAGGAUAUGCCAGUGUUUCUCAUUGACCUUUCAGUUUUGGAAGCAAUUAGUAGAGAUUUUGAACAGGUUAAAAACUCUACUUAUGGCAGUGUCUCAGAAUGCAAGUACUUCUGUGCUAAAAGAGACUUCACUGCAUUUGCACUACUGGACCAUCUACUGAAAAAUGAGGAGAAUUGGUUUCAAAUAGCUGAGAGAAUGGGAUUUCAGUGCCUAAAGAUUCAGAGCAAAGAUCCUCGUCUAGAUGGAAUAGAUUACCUCUCUGGGACUGAAAUUCCUUUGCACUAUAUCCUCAAGCUAGCAACUCAUGCCAUCCACCUGGUGAUCUUCUAUGAAAGAAGUGGCAACUACCUCUGGCAUGGACAGUUACGACUUAAAGGAUACUCAGACAGAAAGUUUGUGCCUUUUCGGAAGUUACAGUAUGGACAUUAUCCAGGAGCUUUUGACAGGCCAGAGUUACUACCAGUUUCUGUUGAUGGACUAGAAGUACAGAUUCCCAAGGACCUUAACUACUUUCUAGAGGAAGUGCCACACUCUAGGUUUAUUGAAUGUAGGUUCAAAGAAGCUCGAGCUUUCUUUCAGAAAUACCAUGAUGACAUCACAGUGGAGGCAAUGCUCUUUCGGAAGAAUGCAAAAAUAUUGUUACAGCUGGCAGCUGCUACAUUAAAGGAUUUGGGAGUCCGAUUUUGGCUCAGCAGUGGAACCUGUCUUGGCUGGUAUCGGCAGUGCAGUAUUAUUCCUCACAGCAAAGAUGUGGAUUUGGGAAUUUUUAUACAAGAUUAUACAUCAGAUAUAAUUACAGCUUUUCAGAAUGUAGGACUUUCACUAAAACACAAGUUUGGAAAGGUUCAAGACAGUUUGGAGCUAUCUUUCCAGGGAAAAGAUGAUGUGAAACUUGAUAUUUUUUUCUUCUAUGAAGAGAUUGAUCACAUGUGGAAUGGAGGCACUCAGGCCAAAUCAGGAAAAAAAUUUAAAUACCUGUUUCCUAAAUUUAAACUCUGUUGGGCUGAGUUUGUAGAAAUAAAGGUCCGUGUGCCCUGUGAAACCAUCAACUAUAUUGAGGCCAAUUAUGGCAAGACCUGGAUGAUUCCUGUGAAGACCUGGGACUGGAAGAGCUCUCCACCCAACGUGCAGCCCAAUGGGAUCUGGCCUCUUGCUGAAUGGGAUGAUGUUAUUCAACUAUACUAA